AUGGAUACAACCCUUACUCAAUUUAUUGAAAAACUCAGGCAACAAUUAAUUAAAAUUCAAGAAGCCGUAACUGCUGGAAAAGUUACAACAACUGAAAAACCUAUAACUGAAACUCUAUCAGAAGAAUAUUACGCUGACGAAUCAGAUAUAUCAAAAUAUCCAGAAUCAUUUAAAGAAUCAUCAGGAAAAGUAUAUAAAACCUGCAAUAAUUGUAGAAUAAAAAGAAAAGAACGAAAAACAUAUUCUAAAAGAAACCCUGAAGAAAGACUGAAAAGAAUUCAAAACUUAACAAAAAAACAACGCUGCUCAAGGUGCAAAAGGACACAAAAACAAGAAGAAUUUGGAUACACUUCUAUAGGGAAGGCAUUCAAAACUUGUAAAAGUUGUAGACAACGAGCAGAAAAUAAAGGAUAUAAUUUAACACAAUAUCGAAUAGAAUUACAAGCACGCAAAAUCAUUGAAGAGAUAAACCAAGAAAUCCAAAAGAAAUCCAAAAUGGAAUCAACAUCAAUUCCGAGUAUAUCAGAAUGGAUGUGGAAAUGCAAAAAUUGUAAAGAAUAUACAACCUUCCACGAUUAUAAAGAAAUAUAUGAUGAUAAUAGAACCGAAUAUUUUGAUAACU